UUCUCCUUCUCCUUCUUCGAUCCUCCUUACUUGUUGUUAUCUUUGUGUCUGCUCUCUCAUGUUUGUUCAUCGAUAUCUACGAUGGCUUUCUGUAAUAAACUCAGCGGUCUUUUGAGAAAAACGGUUACCCAGAACACACAGGCUCCUGUUUCAUCUCUGCUCUGUUCUGUCCGCUACAUGUCUACGACAAUCUUCGUCGGAGGUCUCUCGCGGGGAACUGACGACCAGUCUUUGAGAGAGGUUUUUGCUAAAUACGGUGAUGUGAUUGAUGCUAGAGUUAUCGUAGACAGAGACUCUGGUAGGUCAAGGGGUUUUGGCUUUGUCAACUUCAGCAGUGAGGAAUCUGCUACUUCUGCCGUAUCGGACAUGGAUGGCAAGGAACUGAACGGUCGUAACAUCCGAGUGAACGCUGCCAAUGACGGACCCAGUGCCCCUCGAUCUUUCGGUGGUGACGGCUAUGGUGGUGGCUAUGACGGUGGAAAUGGUGGUGGCUAUAACGGCGGAGAUGGUGGCGGCUGUGACGACGGAGAUGGUGGCGGCUGUGACGGCGGCGGCGGCGGCUGUGACGGUGGAGAUGGUGGUGGCUUUUAAGCUUAGGCAGGCAGUAACAAUCGUUUAGAUUGGCAAAUCACAUGGCGCUAACCAAUUUGUGACGGUGGUAAUAAUCGAAGAUCACGUCUUUGUGGAUCUUUAACUUGGAGAUCUGGAGUCUCUCUUUCUUAUGGCGCUAAUCAAUUUGUGAUUGUGAGAAUAAAAGAUGAAAUCGAUGAUUUUUCAA